CCUGGAGGCGCUUAAAACUAAAACGGUCACGUUUGAGAGGCUGACUGAUGUAAAAGAUAAUCUUCUGGUCGAAAUCGCUGAGGCGGCGGAACGUCUGCAGACUGCUAUCGGUCGUCGCAAUAAGGCCUUCGAUCAACUGAACAACACUAGGGAGCGUCUCUUGAAGGAUGAAAGAGAAGCCAGGUCCGAAUUGGCACAGCUACGGAGAACGUGCGAAGACGUAAGCAAAGAAAGUUCAUACAAUUAG